UAUUUGCAUUCAUAGCUACUUUUUAUUAAUGACAAAUCCAGAGAAGUAAAGAUGGAUUUUAUGUUCACUAGUGUAACCCAAUCACCAAAUGAGCGACCCUGUCCUUUCAAAUUCAAGGAACUUGGGGUUUUUAUGCCUUUUGUAAGGAAGGCUUCUCUUGCUUUUUGACAGCUUCUAGCUGUCUUCUGGUGAUAUAAAGUCAGAGAAUUAAUGGCCCAUUUAGUUGUCUAGGUGGUAAAAUUUAAUCCAGCUCUUAAAAUUCAAUAAAUAAAUACUUGGGUUUUUUUUAUGUUUCUUUCAUAGUAUAAAAAUGGGUACACCUGUUCUUUGUGUAGAGAGCUGUUUGGGGGUCAGAGAGGGAAAAGGCAUAAUGGCUGCCCAGGUGUUAAGAUUCAGUUCUUUGGUUUUCUUCUAUUAAAGAACUCUAGUUCUGUCUUGUAGUUGAUUCUUAAUUUCUUCUCAUCUUUUUCUUCUUUUCUUGCCUGCCUAUUGAUCAACAUAAUAUGGAUUCCUCCAAAAUCUUUGGAGUUGCAGAAGAAUGUCACAGCAGUGAAUCUGGGUGGACAAUGUAUAUUGGCUCCCCCAUAGAUGGUGAUUCAGAUGAUGGUGAUGAUCAUAGUGAUCAUGAUGAUUACGACAAGUACUGCAACAAGAAGUAUUAUGUUAAGCACGACAACGAUAGCGACGACUCCAUGGCUUCUGAUGCUUCUUCUGGCCCGAGUCGUCGAGAAUACUUGUGGGUGAAUGGUCACAAGAAUCAAGAGGAGGAAAAGGAGGGAGAGAAACAUUACUCAUGCAAGAAAGGUAAGAAUCCAGUGGAGAAGAAUAGGAAUGGAAAGAGGAAGGGAGAGAAAGAAGAGUCUCCCUUUGCUGCAAAAGGAGCUAAUAUUACUCCAAUUCAAAGUGGUGAAAAGGUAAAGAAAAACAGCUGGUUUGGCAAAAGAAAGUGAGAAUCUCAUUUCUGUGUUUGUUGUUUUGCAGACUGGUAGCUUGAGCUGAAAAUUUUGGCAGUUGUAAAAAUGAGCCAUAUUUUUGACUAUGAAACGUCUCAGUUUUCCAGUGUAAUAGUAGAAUCAAGAAAUGUAGAAGUUCCAUAAUUAGCUAGCACAUGCAUGUAUAUAUUAAUCUUUCGAUAAGCUUUUGUUGGGAUGUCCUCUUUACAGGUUUUCAUGUACUCCAAUACCAAGACACACAGCAAUCAUAAGCUUGCAUGCAUACACCAAUGAGAGAUUUAGAUUUUUAUUUUUAUUUUUAUUUUUAUUUUUUUACCUUGGAAAGAAACUCGCAUACCGGCACUAUAGCCCU